UGCUCAAACGAUCGAAGACCAACCAACCAGACGGACACGUACCAGGGCUUCGAUCCGCGGGUAGUUUCCAGCAAGAAGAAGAAGAAGACACACAAAAAGAAGGGUUUAGGGAAAAAGUUCAGUAGCUGAAAGAAGAAAAGUAGCAGUGAGAAAGGAAAGUCGGACGGUUUGCGUGCGUUUUGAAAAAUUCUGUGAUUUCGACGACGUUGGUGGAGCCUGGUUUUUCCAGCUUUUUCUUCGGUGUGAAAACGAGGGAACCAAUUGAGAACCGUCGAUAUUCGCAAGGAUUAGUGCGGUCCACCCUCGUCAUCAUCCUUCCAGCGGAACCCAUCCCCGUCGUCGUCGAGCACCGGUGACCGGGACACGGCCAACACGAGCCGCAGCAGGAGAAGUGCCCCGGAGGAGAAACGUGUGGCCAGUGGCAGUGAGAUUUUUUCCUGAACCACCCAUCCACCGACCGUGAAAAGAAAAGGAUUUCGGAUUCCAGCGGUCCGUUAUAACACCAACCCUACCACCACCACCACCAAAACCACACCAACACACACAAAAUAUGAGCGCUGAUCCAGCAGCCCCACCAGCAGAGUCAGCUCCAGAUGGACUCGCACCGGGAGCGGCCGGUGAGCCGGGAGCGGAUGGAAUCGUCGGUGGACCCCGGACGCCCCAGCAGAUCGCGGCACAGAAGCGACUCCAGCAGACGCAGGCACAAGUAGAUGAGGUUGUGGACAUCAUGAAGACGAACGUGGAGAAGGUGCUGGAGAGAGAUCAGAAACUGUCCGAGCUGGACGACCGGGCCGACGCCCUGCAGCAGGGUGCCUCACAGUUUGAACAGCAAGCCGGCAAACUCAAGAGGAAAUUCUGGCUGCAGAACCUGAAAAUGAUGAUAAUUAUGGGUGUGAUUGGCCUUGUUAUAAUUGGAAUCCUUGUAGCGAAAUUUAUGCCAGCUGAGCAACCCCAGCAGCCGAUGAUGAUGAUGCCGCAGCAGCCGAUGCAGCAGAUGCCAAUGCAGGUCCAAGGAGGCCCGGCGCCGGCGGCAGCCCCUGCGGCACUCGUCCAGGACAUUGCAUCGCUAGUUUCCAAUCAGCAUCAGUUUAAAAACUAAACACACAGAAAAUAAAGCAGCGGCAGCAGCCAGAGAGAAACAAAAUCAUAAGAGGAAGAAGAAAAAAAACUUAAAGUUAUUCAACAAAAAAAGGUGAAAAUAAAAACAAGAAAAAGACACACACACACAAAGCACUCACAUUAAAUGAAACAAUUUGAACAAAAUAAUUAACGUAUAUAGUGACGAAAAACAAACUCUUUACAUAUGAUCUAUUAUACAUAUUUAUCGAACAAGAGAAACCAAAAAACUAAAAAAAAGAUCGUUUAUUUUUACCUUUGUCAUUGAUUAUACCUAACUAAAUAAAUUUCUAUAUGUUGUUACUGAUCUCGUUUAAUGUUUUGUCACAAAGUUGCAAAACAAAAAAGGGCAAACAAUACAUUCUUCGUUAGGAACGUUACUCCAAGUUUUCCACGAGCCUUUCUUCUUAAAAAAAAGUAAAGAAGAAAGUGCGAAAUGUUCUAAUGAUGAUACUCAAACGAAACCCAGUUACAUUAACCAGUACUAAAAGUUACAGCAAGAAAUACACUUAACGCAACCCCUCACGAGAAAAAAAAGAAACCAACACACACAUAAAUUCCACCAAUCAACCAUAAAAUGCACUCUCAUGUCUCCAAGUGUCGCAAAAACACCAACAAAAAAAAAUCUGUGAGAAACUACUGAGAAGAUCAACUUAAUAGACAUCAAAGUGAAAAACAACUCAAAACUACACAAGUUUUCGUUGACUAACUUCACAAAAAGAAAAUUAAAAAAAUAAAGCAAAUAUCCUUAAGUUUCAACGAGAUAAGCAAACACCCAGACUCGUUGUUUGGUUUGCUAUAAUGGCAAAGAAAGAAAGACAGCGAGACAGCAUGGAGUUAGAGCAAACAAAAAUUGUUAUAAAUUUGAACUUUAGGGAAAACACAAAUUUACUAUAGGACACAAUUAACAAAAAAUAGUGGGAAACCAGCAAGCUAACAAGCAAAAAAAAUACUACUAAACCGAUAUAAUCAUUAGCGAGAAAAGAAAGAAGAAGAAAAAAACACGUUAAAACGGUACGACUUUUGUCAUUGUUUCAAUAGAAAAACAAAAGAUUAAAUCGCAUACACACACACGCCGCCAUUUUGUUUAGUUUGGUUCCAUGCAGCGCACACCGUGCAUGUGCUAUAAUGUUGUUUACCACACUGAAAUAGAACGCUUCUUAGCAAAUGUCACGCGCGCGCGCACCAUAAUGGCGCUCACUGCCAUAAAGGUGAACCGUCAAACGACGAAGGCCGGUAUUCAGUGGCGCGCAAAUGUGAACACAAUUUUUUGAAGUUUCAAUCAGGCUGAAUGUAGAACAGUUUUAACACAACAACAACAAAAAAUGCAUUGUCACGAUAAUCAAUCAGAUUUUUUCCUCGAAAACACCUCUCUGUGUCCUAAUUCAACAAAAAAAAAGUAAAGAUAGAGAACGAAACAAAAAUCUUUCCUUCGAUUAGAUUCCCUAGAGUGGAGGAAAUCGUUUGAACGAAAUCAGCUCGCCACAAUCCAUCAAAUCUCAUAUCCACUGGUCAGCCACCACACACACAUGGUAAAAGGGAAACUGGUUUAAUAAUUUGUCAGACAUUUUGUAAAACUUACACCAAAAUAACUGUAAUCAUGCGUAUUUCCUCGACUAGCUGCAGGCAGGGUAUUUUAGAGUGCCCUGACUCCCCUUUCUAAACCUCUCUUUCUCUCUUUUCGUACGAAAAGAGGGAGACAAAAAACAUAACGCUCUAAUUUUUCCGCUAGUUUCACGCAAUGAACUAAUCACGAGAAUAUGAAAGAAUAAUACAAAGAACAAAAAAUGAUAAACUCAACUCAACGAUGCAACACAUAGUGAAAAAAAAAGAAAGAAAAAAGUUUAGUUUACAACAACAAAUAAAACAAAGUUAAAAAGUAAAAUAUAUCAGACAGAAGAGAGCAAAGCGUAAGAUAGCAGAACAAAACAAAAACAUUCCACACUCACAGAAAGAAAGAAAGAAACAAACCAAAGCUACUCAGCUCAGCAGUUUAAAUCUCAUUCAAAACACACACACAGACAAAGAUAAAGGGACAGACAUACGAAACACACAUCAAAAUUGAACGUUUGAGAGUAAAAGUAAAACGAUGGAAAACAAUUGAAGCAAACAUGUGUUAUGUAAUUAACUUAAAUUUAAUAGAGGAAAUAUUUCAUGGAAACGUUGAGUUUAUUUUUCUUUUCCUUUUCGAUUGAAUAUCUUUAAACAAACAAACAAAAUGAACAUAUAUAUACUGACAAAACAAAUAAUAAUAAACAAAAAAAGAAAAUGGGAAAAAAACAUAUAAAAAAUUACAUAUAUAUAGCUUUGAAAAUUGUAAAAACUAUUAAUUAUUAUCUAUACUUUUGUGGGAGAACCAGAAGCGAUUAGCGGUAACGAUGUUGAAAAAAAAGAAUGAAAAGAGUAAAUCAGUGCUCGCAAAGCGACAGCGAGUGGAAACCAAAAGCAGCUGAAUAAGCAAAAACAAAACAAAAGCAAACAACACGCGAAAAAUGGUGGCGAAAAUCAA